AUGUCGUCGUCAGAGGGUGCGCCGGAGUCAUGGAUCUCCUCCUUUUGCUCGUUGAUGGGCCAUGAGUUCUUUGCCGAAGUGUCGGAGGACUUCAUCGAGGAUGAUUUCAAUCUCACCGGGUUGCAGUCCCAGGUGCCAAUGUACAAGGAGGCCCUGGAGAUGAUUCUGGACGUGGAGCCAGAAGAUGACGAGGAGGAAGAGGAAGAAGAAGAGGAGGAGGAAGAUGAGGAUGAGGUUCUGGGCGACGAGCGACCCCUCGGCUACCGGAGGGCAGGCGACCGCCGGCAUGCUCGCGUCGCGAGUGACUUGAGCGUUAUCGAGAGCUCCGCAGAGCUGCUUUACGGACUGAUCCACCAGCGGUACAUUACCUCGCGCCCCGGUAUCCAACAGAUGCUUGAAAAAUAUGAAAUGCAACAUUUCGGUGUCUGCCCCCGCGUCAACUGCGGAGGUUGUAAGGUCCUUCCCGUCGGCCGAUCUGAUACCCCGGGCCAGGAAACGGUCAAGCUCUUCUGCCCCGGUUGCAUGGAUAUCUACACCCCGCCUAACAGCCGCUUCCACUCCGUGGAUGGCGCAUUCUUCGGCACGACUUUCGGAUGCCUUUUCUUCAUGACCUUCCCAGAUCUUAGCGUCGGAUCACGCCUGGACGGUCCCCUGUCUGCUGCAGCCCGAGCUCAGUCUACGCUAGCCAACCGAUCCCCUCCUCCCCAGAUGCCGAACGAACCACCCACUCCCGAAGAGCAACCCGUCGAAAUCAACGGCAUGCACACGUCUAACUUCUGCCCCGGCCUCGGACGCGGCAAGAUCUACGACCCCAAGAUCUACGGAUUUAAGGUAUCCGAGGUCUCGCGGGUCGGCCCGCGCAUGAAGUGGCUGCGAAUGAAGCCGAGGGAUAUCUACGAGGUGGAUGAGGCACGCAACUACGAAUUGAAUGCUGCAGACCGCGAGGAAGAGGCACGGGAACACGAAGCACGCGAACGUGAGGCUGACAAUGAUGGCGAUACGGAAAUGAAUGCUGAACAAUCACAAGAAGCGGCAAUUGCGAAUCGGAAAAAGGCACCCAUGCGCCGACGACGACAGGGACCCAGCCAGACGGCACCUUCGGACCAAAUGAGUGUGCAGAGCGCAGAGAUCGGCUAG